ACUUCGUUUUAGGGUUUUUUUUGGUUAGAGUGGUUUCGCUGGUCUUCCAACUUCCUCUGCCAACAUGGUUCUUCAGAAUGAUAUUGAUUUGUUAAACCCUCCAGCUGAGCUUGAGAAGAGGAAGCACAAGCUCAAACGACUUGUUCAGUCACCAAACUCUUUCUUCAUGGAUGUAAAAUGUCAGGGUUGCUUCAAUAUAACCACUGUCUUUAGCCACUCUCAAACUGUUGUCGUAUGCGGUAACUGUCAGACUGUGCUGUGCCAGCCAAAUGGUGGACGAGCAAGACUAACAGAGGGCUGCUCUUUUAGGAAGAAGGGAGAUUAAAUGGGUAAUUGGUUUGUGUUCGUAUCCAAUUUGAUACAAAUGUGAAAUCAAUCGAUAAGAAUUUCUAUUGUUGGUUUAUUUUGAAUGUGACUUUCACCUUGAAUCUUGAUUUACUAUGAUGAAUAUGGAAGUUUGUUAACCAGUA